AUGAACAGUAUGCAACACAAAUUUUCUACACACAGAAGUACAUUGUACUUACAAAAUGCAUCACAAAUUCUGGCAACGUGGAACAAGUGCAGCAUCUGUAAUGCUGACGAACCUACAAGACAAGCUUUCGCUUUUACAAGAACGCAUUUAUUUGUAGUUGUACGCGUGGUCUUCUACGGUGGAAAUUUACGGUGCAUAAAUUAUUCUGGCGUCAUCAACAACUCCUCUGCGAUCGGAGGCAGUGCCUCGCCACGCGGCUUCGGCGGGAAUUUGUCCGGACUCGGUGGAGCUUCGGCACUUGGUGGAGCUUCGGCCUUCGGUGGGGCUUCCGCACUCGGUGGAGCUUCCGCACUCGGCGGCGCGUCAGGACUCGGCGGGGCGUCAGCGCUGGGCGGCGCGUCGGCACUAGGCGGGGCGUCGGCGCUCGGUGGGGCAUCUGGAUUGGGUGGCAUGUCCGCGUUCGCCGGGAGUAAACCGCCCAGCGUAUCGAAAGGAAAAAUCCCCCCUCCCCGUGUCGAAAACGAUUUUUCUCAUGCUGUAUUUCAGUAUACAAAUCGACUUCUAUUGCUAGAAGGCCAAGGGCCGCAGUUGUAGCCUCGCUUGCAGGCGAUUUCUCAUGCUGUUCCCACUUUUCAGCUGCCUCCUGUCAUGCUGAAGAGGCAAGGCUUUCCCACGCCACCCAGCACUACACUCCGCAUCUUUUCCCUUCUAGCAUGACAAAGCUGAUUCGUGACUACAAGUCUGCAGCACAGAUUCCGGCUUUCGUAUGGGGAACGCGGGUUUUUCUUCUUGAUACAGCGCCGCGGGGAGUCGGGUACCCAGCAACGCGGGGAGUCGGGUACCUAGUGCCGCGGGGAGUCGGGUACCCAGCAACGCGGGGAGUCGGGUACCUAGUGCACAGCCGAGCCCGAGGGGCCAGUAGUGAUCAUCGGUAUAAUAGGCGUGUUUUUUUUUUCAAAGCGAUCAUAGUUAGAUACCUUCGUAGACAUCACCUGCAAAAAGCGAGAUCAGACAUCAAGACCGGUCGUCCCGGAUCGACACCUGAAUUUCAAUCGUAA